AUGACGUCCGAGGGUGGUCCACAAGUCAUUGUAACUGAUAGGGAUCUUGUUCUAAUGAAUGUUGUUGGCAUGAUGUUCCCUGAGUGUUAUCAUCUUCUAUGUCGUUUCCACAUUCAAAAAAAUGUACAGGCAAAGUGCAAAAUGUUAGUAAAUUCUAUUGAUGCAUGGGAUGUUGUAUUGCAAGCCUGGGAGAAUGUCAUGGACUGUGAAGAUGAAUUAAAGUUCAACGAGUGUGUUCAUCGUCUUGAGCUUGUUUGCCAGCCAUGGCCUAUAUUCAUUGAAUAUGUUAACGACUCGUGGAUCAUUCCUUAUAAGAAAUUCUUUGUGAAGGCAUGGACGAACAAAGUUAUGCAUUUAGGGAAUACAAUAUCAAACAUGGUUGAGUCUGCUCACUGGAGUCUGAAGAAAGUUCUUGGAAGUAGUAUGGGAGACCUUUGUUCGUGUUGGGAUGGAAUUCACAACGUUAUUAUCUUGCAACACAACGAAAUUAAGGCGUCUUUUGAAAGAAGUUUAAAUCUGAUCAGUGACUCUUACAAGGCAUUGAGUUAUAGAAGAUUAGUGGGAAAUAUUUCUAGAUGUGCCUUAGAACUCCUUGCUCCAGAGUUGGAAAGAGUAAAAAAGAUUGGAUUCGAUAGUAGUCGUUGUGGCUGCAUUCUCAGACAAACUUAUGGUCUACCAUGUGCGUGUGAAUUAGCACGAUAUGAUCCUGGGAUUAUUCCUCUCCAAGAAAUUCAUGUGAUGUGGACUAGGUUGAGCUUCUCCAAUGCCUCGUCUUCACAAUCUGAAGGGCAAUUAUCUAUUCAGAGGGAAGUUGAUCUACUGCUUAAUCUUUUCAAAGAAGUUGAUAUUGCAAGAAAAGUGACCAUAAAACAUAAAUUACUCGACAUAGUUUGCCCUUCCAUGACAUCGAUGUUACCACCACCAAGUAAAGUUAAGACGAAAGGUGUAGCUAAGAGUCAUAGAUCAAAGAAGUCAACCAAACGUGAUUCCUCCUAUUUUGAACAUGUGGACGCCUUCAUUGAGUCCUCAAGACAAGACACAUGUGUUGCAAAAACAGAAAACAAGCUGAAGAGCAAACGUGUAAUUGAAGAGAAAGUAAUACCCAUGCUAGAACAGUUCAAUCCUGUUUUUCAUCCUUAUAUAGUCGAUGUUGUCGAUGUUGUUGCGGACGGUCAUUGUGGAUAUAGAUGCAUUGCUGCAUUGUUGGGUAUGGGUGAGGAGUCGUGGCCUCUAAUCAGACAUGACCUAUACAAAGAACUUAGUCAAUGGCGAGAUGAAUAUGCAACAUUAGUUGGAGGCUAUGAUCGUCUGGAAGAACUGAGAAAGUCUUUGCUAGUUCACUCACCAUCAGGGGUAUGA